CAAACAGAAUCCGUCCCCGCAGUCCUCCCCCUCCUCCUCCAGCACCCUCCCCAGAACUACAAAAACAACAACACCACUCUCCAGAACAGAGAAUCACUGAGAAAUGUUUUAAAAAUGCUCUGCUCCCCCCAUUCAUGCGAUCUCAAUCGCCUGCUUGCGUCCAGCCAAUCCCAGGCCCACCUUCCCUUCUCCCUUCCAAUAGCCAGAGGCUGACCUAUGACCUUCCAAAGAAGGAACCAGACAUUGGGAGUCAUCCAUGGGAUCCAGACUACUCAUACAAUAUCCCAGAAGGCAGUGGGGAAGAGAUGAAGCAUCCAAACACCACCGGCAGCAGUGGAUCUGCACAGAAGUCAGCUCCAGCCUUGCCACCAAGACCUUCCUUUAUGAAGUCCUGUCCGGAAUACCUAGUUCUGUUGCCUGAUUCUUUCUCCUCCUCAAAGUCCUCCUCUUCAUCCUCCAGAUCAAGGGAACCAUUGGUAGGGAAUCCAAAUGUGAUCCUAGUCAGUUUGUGGGAGCUGAUAUCAGAGGAAAACGUGUUCACCAUAGAGGGAGAGCCCACCUGCUGUUCCCGGUGUGGCUCUGUGCUGGACUCCUUCUAUGACAAUGUGUCAUCAUUGGAACCACCUACCUCAUCAUCUGCCACCUGUCUCGGUUGCCGGGACAGUGUCUUCCUGUUGACCCCUGGUGACAAGGCCCUGGCCCUUACAGACACACUGCUCCUGUUCUGUAUCGACAUCUCAGCGUCCAUGAGUAUCACCUCCCAGGUUUGA